AUGUCGUCGCUUCGAAACGCCGUCGCCCGGCGCCCGCACAAAGAGCGCUCGCAACCCCAAUCUCGAGAGAAAUGGGGUCUUCUGGAAAAACACAAGGACUAUUCGCUCCGUGCGCAGGACUACAAUACCAAGAAGAAGAAACUCGCGCAAUUGUCUCAAAAGGCCCGGGAGAAGAACCCAGAUGAAUUCGCUUUUGGCAUGCUGAGCCAGGGCAAGGCCGGCUUGGGAAAACACAAGGCUGCCGGUGACAAGAACGCCCCCUUGAGCCAUGAUGCGGUCAAACUCUUAAAGACUCAAGAUGCAGGAUAUUUAAGAACUGUAGCAGCCAGAGGGAGGAAAGAAAUCGAGAGAUUGAAGGAGGAGGUCGGCAUGGACGCUGUGACAGUGGGCCCGAGUGUGGGGAGACGGAAAAUAUUCAGCGACGACGAGGAGGUGCUGAGCAGAGGGAAAAAACGCACCUCAAAUGGUGAGGUGUUGAGACAAGAUCCUUCCGAGCCUGCACCGGGAAUCGAGGAAACACCGGACUUCCAGACACCAGACUUCCAGACACCAGAUCUCACAGAUCUCGAGGUCAUCUCAGACCCUCCAGCGUCUAAACGCAGGUCGAAAAAGGCAGUGGCAGCUGAACAGGGCGCAGCGGCCCGCCUACGCGCGGAACGGAAGAAGAGAAUACGACUACAAGGGAUGCGCGUUGCGAAACUCGAAGCACUGAAAAAGAGACAACAAGAGAUCCUUGCAGCCGCUGACCAACUCGAAUUGCAACGGGCGAAGAUGGCAAGGACUGUUGGAGGGGUCAACAAGAACGGGGUCAAAUUCAAGAUACGGGAAAGAAAAAAGUAG